UCUACUUGCAGCAUGGAUGCCACUUUGCUCCUGAAUGUGGAGGGCGUCAAGAAGACCAUUCUACACGGGGGCACUGGGGACCUUCCGAACUUCAUCACUGGAUGUCGAGUGACCUUUCAUUUCCGCACCACAAAAUGUGACGAGGAGCGCACGGUGAUAGACGACAGCAAGCAGGUGGGCCACCCCAUGCACAUUAUCAUCGGGAACAUGUUCAAGCUGGAAGUGUGGGAAACCCUGCUGACGUCCAUGCGGAUCAAUGAGGUGGCCGAGUUCUGGUGUGACACCAUCCACACGGGCGUCUACCCCAUCUUGUCCCGGAGCCUGCGGCAGGUGGCUGAGGGCAAGGACCCCACCGACUGGCAUGUCCACACCUGCGGGCUGGCUAACAUGUUUGCCUACCACACGCUGGGCUACGAGGACCUGGAUGAGCUGCAGAAAGAGCCACAGCCCCUGAUCUUUGUGAUCGAGCUGCUACAGGUUGAAGCCCCCAGUGAGUACCAGCGGGAGACGUGGAACCUGAACAAUGAGGAGAAGAUACAGGCUGUGCCCAUCCUCCAUGGAGAGGGCAACCGCCUCUUUAAACUGGGCCGCUAUGACGAUGCCUCCUCCAAGUACCAGGAAGCCAUUGUCUGCCUGCGGAACCUGCAGACCAAGGAGAAGCCCUGGGAGGUGCAGUGGCUGAAGCUGGAGAAGAUGAUCAACACCCUGAUCCUCAACUACUGCCAGUGCCUGCUGAAGAAGGAAGAGUACUACGAGGUACUGGAGCACACCAGCGACAUCAUCCGCCACCACCCAGGCAUCGUGAAGGCUUACUACGUGCGCGCCCGGGCACACGCGGAGGUGUGGAAUGAGGCCGAGGCCAAGGCAGACCUGCAGAAAGUGCUGGAGCUGGAGCCGUCCAUGCGCAAGGCCGUGCACCGGGAGCUGCGGCUGCUGGAGAACCGAAUGGAAGAGAAGCGGGAGGAGGAGCGGCUGCGCUGCCGGAGCAUGCUGAGUUAGGGGCUGCGCAGCGCCCCCAACCCUCCCCUGUCCACGCAGGGGUGGCAGCCCACCCAGCACCCGACUGGUGCGCAGACAGCCUGGUCAUUUCUGGUUCAGUUGAGAGGAUUUUGGUGUCACUCUUUAAAAUUUAAUUUCUGAGGCUGGCAGAUACAGCUCAGUGGUAGAAUGCGUGCUUAGCAAGCACAGGUUCCUCAGUUUCGUCCCCAGCACCGCCCUCUCCUCAGUUGAAAUCAAAGCCGUGUUUACCUAAAGAGAAAACCCAAAUAAAGAAAAAGCAAAAGAGCACAGAAGAGUUGAUGAGUAAAAGUGAAGUUUCCUUCCCUCCCCUUCCCACUCAUCAGCUCAGACAUAGUAGUUUUAAUAGAUUUUCUAUUCUUCUGAGAGUUUUCUCUGUCACCAAAAAUGUAUUUGCAUCACUGCUUCUGGCUUUUCCCAGCAUCAUUUCGCCCCAUGUCAAAAACUGAGGACUGCAUGCUUUGAUAAGUCCUUCCUUCUUUUCUCUCCAUUUUGGAUAGUCGUAUUUUUGAGUUCUCUCUUGGUU